AUGCGCACACCAUACUCACCGCUCCAACUCCUUACGCGCCUCUCCCACGAGCAGCUGAAGUCAUCCCAUCAAAUCCUUGGCCGCAUCGUCUUCUUUCUAUUCUCGUUGCACGCUGUGCUCUAUCUCAAUUUCUUCAUUCGCAGCAAUCUGCUUGCCAAGCGCAUACAAGAAAAGGACGUAAUCUUCGGCAUCAUCAGCAUCACUCUAUUCGCCGCCAUCAGCACCACCGCAUUAGCGCAGAUACGACACUGGAACUAUCGCGUGUUCUACAUCAGCCACGUCUCCAUCGCAAAUAUACUAGUCGUGCCGCUAUUCCUGCACGUACACCACAUCCGACCUUACGUCUGGGAAGUUGUCAUCGUCAACGCCCUCCAUCUUCUCUUCCGCUUCACCGCACACAAAACCUACACAGGCACCAUCACCCUCCUCCCCGGCACAACCCUGAUUCAAAUCCGCAUUCCUCUCACGACCCUCUCAUCAACGCUCUCAUGGCGCCCAGGCCAGCACGUGUAUCUCUCCUUGCCUACAGGAAAACACUAUUCAGCCUCCCUCUCCGACCAACUCACCCUCCGCAGCAAAACCAACCCCUUUACCGUCGCCUCCAUCCCCGUCAAAGACAAAGAGCUCCUCCUCGUCGCCAAGACGCUCACAGGCAACACGAAGAAAAUGUCCGAGCUAGCUACCUCCCUGGCCAAACAAGGCGGCGAAGCACCCAGCAUCCCGCUCGCCCUCGAAGGACCCUACGGCGCUUCGUCGCACCUGCCAGACCUCUCCUCCUACGAUAAAGUACUACUCGUCGCCGGCGGCGUCGGCGCGACGUUCAUCCUUCCCAUCUACAGAAGUAUCGUCGAGUUCCGCGAGCCGGAGCAUGCAGGAGUGCCGCAGGUACGGUUUAUAUGGGCGGUGCAGAGAUUGGCCGAGACGCAGUGGGCGUUCCCCUCCUCUUCCGCGUCUAACGCAGCUUCGUCGGAACCCGCCGUCGACGACGCGGAUUCUGAAACUGGAGGGGAUGACGCUGCAGAUGGCCUCACUCCCUCUUCCUCUUCCUCCCCAGCCAUCGAAGUCUUCGUCACGCGCGGCGCAUCCUCCUCCUCACUUCCCGGCUCCUCCCCCGAGGAAAUCGAGCUGCAGGAGAACGAUGCGCUGCUUUCGCUAGAGGAGGAGAUGAAGAAGCCGCGUGCAGGCAUGGUGCUCAAGACGGGACGGCCCAAGAUAGCGGCGAUUGUGGAUGAGGUGUUUAGCAAGGGGACGAGGGUGGCGGUUGUGACAUGUGGGCCGGGGAGGUUGACGAGGAAGGUGAGGGAGGGGUGGGGCGGUGGGUGGAGCAGGGGUUGA